AUGUUAUACUACGUACGCAAACGAGAAGGUAAAACACGUAACCGUGAUAUCUGUUUCAUGAGUGUGUUAAUCUCUGUUUCACUGCUUAUACUUGUUACGUGUGUCGGUGUAACUGUGUACCAGUACGUUCAACUACACAACUUCCGUGUACAACAAGAAGAGCAGCAUGCCCAACUCAAACUUCUACUUGAUGGAAUCGCCGAACUACGGACAAGACUACAUAAUCUGGAAGUUUAUAUAGAAAUCGGUGAUGGAAAAACAACAAGAUCUUCGUCCGGGAAACUUAUUGCCAAGCGUGAUGCAUAUGAGCAGGACGACGAAAGACGAGGUGCAUGUUCUGUAAAUUAUAUCGCUAUACCAGGGCCAGCUGGGAUGCCAGGAAUUCCUGGCCUAAUGGGCGUCCAGGGACCAGCAGGGCGCGAUGGGCUCCCAGGCCCACGUGGUGAUAUAGGUGGAGAUGGGCUCCCGGGUCCACCAGGUGAGCCAGGGCAGCCCGGAGCUGAGGGACAACCAGGAAAGGCGGGACCAGUUGGUCCCACUGGUCCAAAGGGAGAAUCUGGUGACGCCGGUGGGCUGAGACCUUCUGUGGAGGAAAGUGAUAGCGUGACAAUAGCAAACGAACGAUGGGCCAACAGAACCACUGGAGUAGUGUAUGUGAGGUGGGGCAAGAACACUUGUUCUGAUUCCUCCGAGCUUGUCUAUGAAGGUAUAAUUGGAAAUAGUUGGUUUGAGCAUACUGGUAGUGGGAGCAAUUAUCAAUGUCUUCCAUUAAACCCUAUAUAUGAUUCUCCAGUGAGUGGAACACAGAGCAAGGGACUGAUAUAUGGAGCUGAGUACGAGACGCAAGGAUUCCCUCCGUUGGCACAAGUGGCAGACCAUGAUCCAGUGUGUGCUGUAUGUAGAGUCCGUUCUCGUGGUACCGUCUUGAUGAUCCCUGCUCGUAAUCAGUGUCCUUCAACCGAAUGGACCAGAGAAUAUUAUGGGUAUUUGAUGUCAGAGCACCACGGGCAUAAACGUACUGAAUACAUAUGUGUUGAUCACCAAGCCGACGGCCGUACAGGAACACACCACAGUCUCAACGGAGCCUUGUUAUACCCCGUAGAAGGACGAUGCGAUGCUGGUAGUCUUCCAUGUGGCCCGUAUGUUAAUGGUUACGAGUUGACGUGCGCUGUUUGUACGGUAUAA